CUGCAAACUCGAUUCAAAAAUCCAUAAAUCGAGAAGAAAAAAGCAGCUCAAAUCCCUCUACACAGAUUCAAGAAAAAAGCCACCAACUGAUUCACACAAAAAUUAGCACACAAGUUCUAAAGAUCUUUGAAUCAGAUGUGAAGCGGAGAAGAAGGAACAAGUUUCCAAUGUCGUCGUGUUCUGUGGAGAAUCAAAACCCUAACCAUUCUUCCCCGUUAAAUUGGUCCAACCUUUGGUUGAAGAACAAGAAAGCUCUUGAUCAUGUCUCUUCAACUAUCCGCCGUCGUUCAUUCUACAGAAAACCCCCACCACCACCCACUCCCCAAUCACCACCGCCGCCGCCGCCACAACAACAACCACAUGAAGUGACCGUUGUUCCUCCUUCUCCCCAUUUUCAACAAACCGAUAACAACGAAACCCUACUUCCUGAUUCCCCCGAUGUAGUCCCCUCUCAUGAUUUCAUUUCCCUCCUUUCUGAUGAAACACUCCUGCAAAUUCUCUCCAAACUCCCUGACAAAUCUCAAAGGAAUUCGAGUUCAUUGGUCUCCAAAUCGUGGUUCAAUCUCCAAGGUAGUUUGGUAAGGUCAGUUAGGGUUUUCGAUUGGAGUUUCCUUACAUCUGGUCGUAUGCUCACGAGAUUCCCUAACCUCAUUGACAUUGAUUUACUUCACGGAAGCGUAAUUUCUAGCAGCCAUACAAAAAGCUGUGGUCUCUCUUUAGGCCCUGAAUUUGGCCCCUUUUGCAUCGAUUCCGAUGUCUUUUCACCAAACAACCAUACUUUCCGACCUGUUAACGAAGUAGAUUCUGUGUUGAAAUCUCUAGCUACUGCAUACCCCAAUCUUCAACGACUUGUACUCCUAAAUUCUUCCGAGAUUGGGUUACUAAAUCUCGCAGAAGGGUGUCCGAAUUUGCAAGAAAUGGUUUUGCAUCAUUGCCAUGAUCAGAUUUUACGUGGGAUUGCUGGGUUUACAAAUCUGCAGAUACUGAAGUUGAUUGGAACCAUUGACGGAUUCUAUUCCUCUUUGGUUUCAGACAUAGGGUUAACAAUUCUUGCUCAAGGGUGUAGAAGGUUAGUGAAACUUGAACUCAGAGGAUGCGAGGGGAGUUAUGAUGGAAUCAGAGCAAUCGGACAAUGUUGUCAAAUGCUAGAAGAACUCACCUUCUGUGAUCAUCGAAUGGAUAAUGGGUGGUUGUCAGCUCUUUCCUACUGUGAAAAUUUGAAAACUUUAAGCUUAGUUUCAUGUAAAACCAUCGAUCAAAGCCCUGGACUUGAUGAACACUUGGGAGCUUGUAGAUUGCUUGACAGAUUACAAUUGGAAAAGUGCAGAUUAUGUGAAAAGGAAAGUCUGCGAGCACUUUUUCUUGUGUGUCGAUCUGUUAAAGAAAUGGUUGUAAAAGAUUGCUGGGGUUUGACAGAUGGCAUUUUUCUCAAUGCCAAUUUGUGCAGGAGGGUUAAAUUUCUGUGGAUAGAAGGAUGCUCAAGGGUAACAACAGAAGGUUUAGAAUCUGUUGUCCUUUCUUUGAAGGAGCUUGAAAGCUUGAAGGUGAUAUCGUGUAAAAAUAUGAAAGAUGAUGAAUGUUCGCCGUUUGAUUCUCUGCAGCUGCACGGAUAUAGAGGGACGAUGAAGAAGGAUAAAUCAGUAGUAAUAGAGAACCCUAGCGGAAGUGGUGUAGCUAAAUCAUCUUCUUCGAACAGGUUAUUUGUACGAGAAGAAGAAGAAUCAGAGAGAAAACAAACUACUUACGACUUCCCCUUGCCAAUUGUUACUCGUAAUGGUUCCUCCAAAUACGAUUUCGUCAAGGUGAAAGUAUGGUUGGGUGAUAAUGCUGAUCACUACUAUGUCCUCUCAAGAUUUUUGCUUAGCAGAAUGUUGACUGUUACUAAGAUUCCCAAUCAUACUGCUCUCAAAAUUGCACUUGAACUGAAGAAGUUGCUGGUAGACAAUAGCCUUCUUGAUGUCUCCCAAUCUGAUCUGGAAACUAAUUUGUUUAAGCUCAUGAAAUGGCGUGGCUAUGGGGCAAGAGUAUAUAAGUCGUUACAGGAUGAUGACAAGAUUUCACCAUCAAAGGGUACCACUGGUCAUUCUUGUAUGUGGGACAGCAUGUGUUGGAAAGUCUACAAUUGCUACCCAACUUGCACAAAGACUGAUAUGGUCUAUGAAUUGCUAAGGACUUCAACAGAUGCACCAUUGGCAUCUUCACCUUUAUUGGCACGUGACUUUAGCUCCUCUGAUGAGUUAAUAACUGAGUUUUGCAGAGAAUGUAGAAUAGUCCGAAAAGGUUUGGCUGGUGAUUUAAAGAAAGCAAUGAAAGAUGGAAAGCCAAUCAUUAUUGAGGGAAUGCAUGUGGAUCCAAGCAUAUACCUAAUCGAUGAUGGAAAUACCAACAAGAAUGCUGAAAAGAUGAAUAAGGGUCCUGAAAGUGUUCCUGAGAAUAUUACUAUAAUUAACAGUAUGAAAGAUCAAGUGUUGGAAAGAAAGGCUAUUCAUAAGAGAGAAAAAUCUGGAGCCCCAGAGCCAGUUGUAAUUCCUAUUGUCCUAAAGAUGGCUGAGUUUGAUCAUAAGGCAUUACUAGAAGAGUGGAUAUCUACACGUAAAUUCAGCAGAUAUCCAAUCAAGGAUAAAGACAAACUGAUUAGCAACCUAAAUACCAUUCAAGAUUAUUUGUGCUCUUUCACAUCACAAGGCUCAGAAGUAGCCAACAUAUCCGCAACAACUUUCCCUCAAACACUUGACUGGCUCCAUAAUCAUCUUCUUCAGCGUAUUGAACAAGGUAUAUCCUCCGCCUCUAAAGAAAAUGUUGGUCAACAUGAUGAAACUUAGAUUCGGG